CUAAUAGUAAAAGCGCAGCACACUGGAUACUCUAUGAUGAUAUUUUCUUCCAAUCCAUGGCUGCUCGAGAGAAAUUGUAGCGUAAAAACGGCGGAUAAGCUACUAAUUCCUGUUGUCUAUGGCGACCAUUGUCAAAAUUCGACACGCUUUAACGAAAAGAUUGAAAUGUAUUCUAUAUUUUCAGCUGCAGACCAAACAGAUGUUCAUGUGAGAGUUUCAGAAGUCUCACAUGAUCUCAAAACGAUGGCAAAGUAUUUGGAGAAACUUUACUUUUGGUUUCGUCUUGGGUCCAAUUAUCACAUUGGAAUGGCUCCGACGAAAAAGAAAGCUCUGUUGGGCGACAACGGCGCUAGUUGACGAGGAGUCUGGUAACGAAGAAAUAGUUGAGGAGAGUCGAAGACAUUAUCUCCAACUCGGGACAAAUGCGUAUAUUGAAGGUGAAUUGCGACCCCUAAACUGCGCUACGAGUAACACUCGAACUGAUUGUGAAUUGACAAUAGGUGACAACAUGCGUAGUUUAAGAAUUACAGUGCAAAGUUUAAAGAGGGUCUUUCGAAGAAUUAUUUGCCACCUACCAAUUGGUCUUGGUUAUGUGGUUCUCACUCUGGUAGCGCUCCCUGUAGGUAUAUCAAGUGGGGAUUAUCUUUUUUUUCGAUUUGAUGAGAAUGAAGAAAAGCGCCAAAAUAAUUUCUGGGAUGUUCUUCUGCCAAAAAAUUCAGCGGCUCUGAUAUCAUACUUUGUCACUGUAUAUUGGCCAGUCGUUCAAAUCUUUAGUUUUCUCAUGUUCAGUAGGUUCGCUUGCAAGAGAACCUGGACUGUUUCAACGAACCUUUCAAAGGUUAUCAGGAGUGAUUGGUUUUCAUCCAACAUGUAUUUGCUUGUUCUUUGCGUGAUCAUACCGUAUUGUACGUAUGGGUCCAAAAAACAAAUAUGUAAUAAUUCACACGUUGAUUGGCAGUUUUUCUAUUUUACAGUGUGCAAUGUUAUGUACACAGUUUCCAAUUUUCUUUUUAUUAUCAUCCUCAACAAACACAAAGUUGUCACAAGGUAUGUGUUCUACAUCAGUGUUUGUAUGAUCUGUGCUUAUGUUGAAAGUGACAUAGUAGCUGUGUUUUAUUUCAUCCUCAAUUCUCAAGGCGCCCUGAACAACUUAAAACUCACCGUUCUUCGCACUGGAGCACUUGGCCUCACUUUGACUUUGAGUUUCAGUUCUUCAAUGCACAUAAUCGGCAAACUUAUGAAGCCACAGGAGUCUGUAUUCGAGGGACUGUCAGAGAAGUGAGUCACGGUUUUUCAAUGGGAUUAGGUAAGCAGAAUCUCUUGCCAUCCUUCAGUACCAGUUUUCAAAUAAUCUACGUGACAAAGUUUAACGUGAGCUAGACCAAAAAUUCCAUUGUUCUUUCCAGAAAAUAGAACUUUUCCGAAACUGAGUCGUGUUAUUGAGCAGGGUUAUGCCACUUUUGUACAGCCUCGUCAAGAAAAGAGCAUCGAAAUUCUUUGAGUAGCUGUUAACAGCUGUAAUUUAGAACAAUGCCGUUACCAACCAAAUAAUUGGUAUAGGUAAUUUUGGUGAAAAAUAUAGAGGAUUUGUAAACUUGGUAAUACGUGGUGGCGCGUGAAAAUUACCCAUUUAUAAAGUUAUAGAGGUAGCUUUCAUAGAAAAUGCUGAUAGACCAGUCGCAAUGUGACAGGAAUAUUCUAUAUCAGAACCUAUUAUUUUUUCUCAGUUUGACUUUGUUAGCUUUUGACUACAAAUCUUAAUAAUUUAGCAACAUGUCAUUUAUUUUUAUGACUGAUGUCAAGUAAUGAUUAUAUUACAAUUGAUUGCUUACUGAUUAGCCUCUUUUGGUAAAAGAAAAUGUAUCUUUGUUAAUUUCGAC